CUAAUGAAAAGUUUAUUCUUGUGCAGGAUUUUUCAUUUUUGUGAUACAUCCAAAAAUCAUAGCUAAAUGGAACAAUUACGGGAAGUGUUGGACGGCGAAAGCUACAAACUUUUAACAGAUAACAAAGUAACCGAUCGUUCACUCAUGUUGCUGGCCGACAGUGAUUUGGUGACAAUCGGAAUUACUGCUAUAGGGCCUCGGAAGAUAAUUCUGGCCGCUAUCGAAAAGUUGUAUGCCAUCCAAUCGCACUCACAAUCUCGUUCUGAUGACAUUGAUGACACAGCUCACGAGCUGAAUACCGAACGAACCGGUAAACAGGAUCUGAGAGCAAAACUUGUCGAGGAUGCUGCGUUCCGAAAUGUUGUUUACAAUCAGCUGGACCAGAACAUUAUCCCGAAAGUAAAACACUUACAUACAAUGGUCCAAUGCACCGAAUGA